AGUCGAUCGCUAGUUCCGCGAUGAACUACACGAUCUUCUGGUUCAUCGGCCUGGCUCUUGUGACAGCGGUCAGUGUUACGUCAGCAGUUUUUCCAAUCGACCCGGCACGAAUUUUGACAGGGAAUUGUUCCAAGAGCUACGAAUUUUGCGACAGGCAAGCGCAGUGUAUAGAGCUUUCAAACGUCACAGUUUACUGUCGCUGUCCCAAUGACACAGAUACAGGAGAUGGUCUAAAAAACGGAACCGGCUGUUUAAUAGUGGAACACACGUGUAUUCCUGCGAAUGUAAAAAGAGAUUGUCACCCCGAUGCUGAAUGCAUAGAUCUAAGGUGCAAAUGCAAAAAAGGAUAUGAGGGCAACGGGCAGUUUUGUAAUGAUAUUAACGAAUGUUUGAACAAAAGCAUCUGCAGUCCUUACGCUAUAUGUCGGGACGAAAAGGGGUCCUACUCUUGUAAGUGCGAUAUCGGGUUUGUUGGCGACGGAGUGACUUGCAAACACCACUGCACAACAAACGUGGAUUGCCCUGCUAACGCCGAGUGUAACCCGGAUGAGGAGUGUGUGUGUAAAGACGGCUACUCGGGAGAUCCGGCUGCCGGGUGUCAAGAUGUGGACGAAUGCGUUGAAAAGCAGGACAAUUGUGACGACAACGCCAUAUGUACGAACACGCCGGGCAGCUUCGAGUGUAAAUGCAAUAAUGGAUUCGCUGGAGAUGGCGUUUCUUGUCGAGCAUUACCCAAGACGUGUGAUGAGAUAUUAAAGGCCAAGCGUUCAUCCAGAUCUGGUUCGUACGAAAUCGACACAGAUGGAACUGGCCCUGCCGAUUCACUGGAGGUGAAGUGCAUAAUGAAAAAUGGAAUUGGAAUCACUGUGAUUUGGCCAAAGAGCAACAACAUUCUCAACUCGCCCAUUGACGGGACCAAAACUGUGAAAUAUGAUGCUACCCUCGAUCAAAUUAAACCACUCGUUAAUAACUCAGCAUUCUGCUACCAAGAUGUCUGGUUUAAAUGUCCAUCAAACUUCAACUUGCUACAAAAAGUUUCCUGGACUGAUGCCGAGGGAAAGAGCCAAAGGUCUUGGGGUUCCGUAGUCGAUGAUAGUUGUGCGUGCGGUGUCCUUGGAAAAUGCCAAGGUGGUGGUAAAUGUAACUGCAAUGGACAGAACAGCGCUAUGAGGCAAGAUUUUGGAAAGUUGACCAGUGACAAUUUCAAACUUCCUGUUGAGAGCCUCAAAUUUACUGCUUCAAAAACCAGCGCCGUCUACAUGAUCGGAGCCGUGAAAUGUGGACCCAAGCCAUUUGAUUUGCCCAAGAACUGCGAUGAAGCAAAGAGAAAGAUGGGAGUGAGAAAAAACCAGCCUCUUCUGAUCGAUGCGGACGGGCCAGACAAACCCCUUGCGCCGUUCCUCAUCUACUGUGACGUCAAGAGCUACUGGAGAUUCGGCAUUUCGGUGGUUCCGAACAAUUUACCUCCGGGUUCAACCCUGACGAGCAGCGAAGUUCCCCUGAAGUACCCGGCCCAGCCCGACCAGAUCAGUGCCCUCGUGCAGGGAUCAGUGUUCUGUUCACAGUCUGUGGAGUAUGAGUGCAAGAAUGCCCCAGCAGGCCCUGUGACGGGAGGUGCCAGCAGUUCCUCCCUCGGUUACUUCCCUGGUGGUGCCGCAGACAUCCCUAACUCAUGUGCAUGUGGACUUACUGGCACAUGCGACGACCCGGCAAAAAAUUGCAACUGUCAAAUCACUGAUGGACAGAAGCGAAAAGACAUUGGAUUGGUUAUUGACAAAGAUGCCCUGCCUUUAGUUUCCAUAAGUGUCACAGUGGGUGGAGACUCAUAUGCUAAACUGACAGUUGGGGAGUUGAAAUGUGGCCAGCAACAGUUUGAGAUUGAGCCAAACUGCGAGAAGCUUCGUGGUGUUGGUUACGAUUACGACUACACCUACAUGAUUGACCCAGACGGCAUCGGCGGUGAACCUCCAUUCCCAGCUCAGUGCAUUAUGAUGAAGUCUCCACCAAGGGGAGCAACUGUUAUCAACCAUGGAAAUGGGAUGCUCAAUAACCUGACGUUUGCGUUCCUGUACAAGCGCGUGACAAAGAAGCAGGUUGCUGCUCUAAAGGAAAGAUCCACAUACUGUACACAGGCCGUCAGUCUCAAGUGUAACAAGUUCGCCCUCCAUCCACAAAGUGGUAACAAUGGCUUCUGGCUCACCCAAGAAGGGACGAAGAAGUAUUACUUCACCGGCGACGGCAGCAAGACGAACUGCAACAACAAGGACAAUAUGUGCGAGUGUGACAAGGCAGCUGCAGCCAAUGGCUUCGGGACAGAUACAGGGGACUUGACUAACAUAGAUGAUGUCCCAGUCGCUUCAGUGGAUUUUAGACCUGCUAAUAAUGCAGGUGGUUCGAUUAGCUACAGCUUUGGACCACUUAUGUGUUAUGAAACCUUCCCGACAUGUGCGGACAUGUAUUUGAGUUCCAGGAGGAACUCGAAGAAGGGCGAGAAAGUGGUCAGUGCUGGUCAGUACACCAUUGACCCCGAUCAGUUUGGAGGUGAAGAACCUUUCCAGGUGUACUGUAGUGGCAUAAUGACCAGAGUACCUGUCAUUUCGGAACCCGAAAUAAAACAGCUGAAUACCGGAGAGAGCCAGUGUUACAAUGUGACUUACAAAGGAGGAGAUGGGAAUGUCCUGACACGAAAACAAAUUGAGGCUUUGGUGAAAGCAUCUGCUAGCUGUAACCAGUAUCUGUUAUAUACCUGCAUCAACGCCCCAGUCACUGGCAAUGUGUACUACUCAAAGUGCAGUGGAGGUGACGUCACUAAAGUCCCUGGUUGGGCUGGAAGUGCAGGUUACGACAAAUGCCAGUGCGGUGUGACAGGUGUGUGUAAAGGUGGGACGAGCUAUGCCUGUAACUGUGACCUGGAAGACAGCAAGCUCAACUAUGAUAAGAGCUUCAUCGUCAACAAGGAACUCCUGCCCGUUUGUCAAGUCUGUGUGAAGGUCCCGGAACUGCCCACCGACCCAAAUAGUCCCGUGAAAGCUCGGGCCGCAAAAUACUCCAUCGGAGAUAUCAUGUGCAGUAAUGUGAAAAGGAUGGGAACAAGAAAUAGCUGCCAGCAUUACAGUCUGCUGUCAAACACUGGAGAGAGUGGCAAUGUACUCAUCAGAGCAAACAAGCCUGGAGAAAAAGCUUUCCCUGUGUACUGCGACAUCACUGUAUACCCAGAAAUGGGCGUUUUGGUGGUAAAACCCAAGACCCCAACUGUGCCGAUCCCAAAGUAUGAGUAUUUCAACUACACCAUCUCGUACAUGGUGUACAACCGGAAGCAGAUUGAGCAGCUCAUUGACAAGGCUGUCUACUGCGAGCAGGAGAUUUCACUCAUGUGUAAUGACAGCGGAGUAACCCUCAGUAACGUGUUCGGCUGGUACGGCAGAGAUGGCAAAGUGAUGCCGUACUGGAGUAAAGGAAGCACCCCAUGUGAUGGUGAUGGUAGUAACUGCAAGUGUAACGCGCCUGGAGAAAAUGAAGACUUUGGGUUGAUUACCGAUAAAGGAGCGAUCCCAGUGUCUCGCGUCGAGCUUGGACCAGCUAAGGGAGACAGGAAGCUGACCAUUGGGGACGUGCGUUGCUACGACAUCUACAAAGACUGCUAUGACAUAAUGCAACACGGAGCCAAGCGCAGGUCCAGCUACUACCGCAACAGCACGUACGUUGUUGACCCUGAUGGUGCUGGUGGUGUAUCGCCAUUCCUGGUGAAGUGCGAGUUCCACAGUAAAGAUGGAUAUGCAGUCACAGAGAUAAUCUACAAGGGGAACCCAGUGACCGUGAUUAAGAACAGCGGCAAACCUCUACAGUUUAAAGUACCAAUCACCUACCCCGCGUCCAGCCCCAAACAGAGCAACACUCUCGCCAAACAGGCAGGAUUCUGUUACCAGGGCAUGCUGUACGAGUGCAUCCAGUCACCACUCGUGAAUAACAACAACCCGCAACAGUCUGGUGUUCAGCUGUUUGGAACAAACACAACGACGUUUGGGAAAGGCGCUGAUACAGACGGCAUCGGCUGUCCCUGCAGUGUUGUUGGAACCUGCAACUUGAAUGGCAAUGGCAAUGACGCCAACACUUGUCGCUGUGACAACAAAGGGUCGAUGAUGACAUUCGAUAACGGAACCGUUAUCGAUAAGGAUCAGCUUCCUCUCGUUAGUGGGUCGUUCGGAGGUCAAGAUUCACCAAACUCGGUUGGAAAAUUCACAAUAGGUCCCAUGAGAUGUGCCAAUAAGCCUUUUGAUAUUCCACGGGACUGUGAGGAAGCACUCAAGUGGGGAUACAAAAGUGGAGAGUAUCUCAUCUUUCCAAAGGAUUAUGUCGACAAACCGUUCUUUGUUUUCUGUGAUAUGAACAUAAAUCCUGGACAUGGUGUGAUAAAGGUCCUGCCUAAAGUUGAUGAGCCGAUACCCGUGACAGGUGACCCUAUCAAUGUGACGUACCAUGGCCCUACACCCAAGCAGCUGGAAGCCAUCGUAAAGGUGUCCAAGUUCUGCUACCAGCCGGUCAAGUAUGAUUGCAUUGGAACCAAGUUCUUUGGCGAUGGAGCAGUCACAUGGUCUGGACCGACUGGUUCGUCCAACACCAACUUUGGCAGUGCAUCACCCUUUUCCAUGGAGUGUACGUGCGGAUCGGACAACUAUUGUGGAGGGUACGACGGAAAAACGAAAAUGAGACGAAGGAAAUGCAACUGUGACAUCGGUGAUGCAGACAAGCGUGCUGAUGCUGGCAUAAUCAGCUCCAAGGCUUUGCUUCCUAUCACGAAAAUGAACUUCAAUGGCUGGAUCGAAAAUGCAAUUGCAAAUGCAGCUGCGAACCUAACUGUAGGAAAUCUGUACUGUGGCACAGAGGAGUUUGACAUCAACGAAUGUGAGUUAGACUUCCAUGACUGCCACAAGUGGGCUGACUGCAGGAAUACCGAUGGCGGUUAUGAGUGUAUCUGUAGGAAAGGUUUCCGCGGUAAAAUCAGCGGCAUCUCUACAGAGCAGGUGUGGGCUAACGGAAGGCAGUGCUUUGACGAUGACGAAUGCUCGUACAACAAGUGUCCAUCCAGUGCUAUUUGUACGAAUCUCCUGGGGACCUACAACUGUACGUGCAAAGAGGGGUACAACCAGGUCGGCUUCGAUGUGUGUAAAGAUAUUAACGAGUGUUUGGACCCUGAACUCAAUGACUGUGAUGUGAACGCUCGCUGCGACAAUUUCGAGGGUGGCUACAGCUGCGCAUGCAAGCGUGGCUUCAAGGACAACGGCAACGCCACGAAAGGAGAUUGUGAACCACAAGGUCUGUGCGCCUGCUAUGGUGACCCACAUUGCAUCAGUUUCGACAAAAAGUUCCUGGACUUCCAGGGACAGUGUACGUAUGUGAUGGCUCAGGACGGGUGCCAGGGUGAACUCCGGACAUUCCAGGUGCUGAUCAACACCUGGAAUCAGGACAGACCCGGCAUCACCUCUGUCUCCUGGGUCAAGGCCGUCAUCAUCAAAAUGAAAGGCCUGGAGUUUGAAAUUCGCCAGUCUAAAGAAAUUCUCCUGAAUUCUGCCCUGAUCAACGGCUACGACAAGAAUGGUAUUCUCAUUAUUGAUGACGGUCUGCGUUUAAAAGUCUACACAGACUUUGGCCUCCAGGUGACGUGGGACGGUUCUUCAGAGAUUGAGGUGACUGUUCCCAAGAACUACCAGUCUAUGACAUGUGGAUUGUGCGGAAACUUCAACUUCAAUGCUUCCGAUGACUGGACAAUUGGUCCUGAAUGUCCUCUCCCUGGCACUCUAACUACAAUUCAAAAUGUAUUUGGUCAUUCGUGGGUGGUACCUGAAUCUUUGAAUGACCCGAACAACAAGAUGUGUUACAAGAAAUGUGACGAACCAGACACCAAACGGGAAUGUAAGAUGGAUGUCGUCCAGGCGUACACUAUUUGUGAUGCAAUAUUCGAUACAGACAGAUCACCUUUUGCCAAUUGUCUGAUGAAAAUGGAUCAGGCGCUUGUGGCCAAGAUGAGAGAGGACUGUAAGUUUGAUCUGUGUGAAGUGCCGGAUGACAUCAGCAUCGGUCAGUGUUCCUCGGCGAACAGACUCGUCACGGAAUGCGCCAAGAUUGGGGAACAGGUACCGGAGUGGAGGAACAAGCCCGGCAUUUACUGUGAGAAGAAGUGUGGUGAAAACAUGAGAUAUGCCAUCUGUGGAGGUCUAAACACCACCGACCCAGGCCCCAUCCUGACGUGCCAGCACGUGGUGAAGAAUGAGAUGCCCAAUCCCCUGGACGCCUGCAUCGAGAGUUGUUUCUGUGAUGAGGGCUUCGUCCUCGACGUCGACAAGUGUAUCCCUAAGGACCAGUGUGGUUGCUCAGAAGGAGGAACGUACAUGUCUGUUGGUCAAGUGGUCAUAGCGGAGGACUGCAGUUACAAACGUGAGUGUCUGUCGGAUGGCCACACGCUGUCCAACACUUCACUGACCUGUCACGAGAACGCUACCUGCUCCACCGACAUGGAUACCGGAGUCCACGGCUGCCACUGCAAGAAAGGAUUCAUGGGAGACGGAGUCACCGAGUGUAGAGAGGAUCCGUGUGCAGAUGUCAAGUGUAAGGACUCCAAGACCAUGGAGUGCGUGGAUGGAGAAUGCCGGUGCAUUAUGGGAUACACAGGAGACUGUCAGAGGUGUUUUGACAUUGAUGAGUGUGCCACAGAUACUCACAACUGUAACCACGUGGGCCAGGAGUGUCAGAAUACGAAGGGUGGUUUCACCUGUAAAUGUCUGAAAGGGUUCUUGCCAGUCGGAGCAUACUGCGCAGACAUUGAUGAGUGUGAUCAGAAUAAGAAGACUCCUAAUUUCUGUGCUGUGAACAGCGAGUGUCGAAACAAGCCCGGCGGCUAUGACUGUGUGUGCUGCGGAGGUUACAAAAAGGGACCCGAUGGCUGCAUACUUGAUGGCUCCGGUGACCACCAGAUUGGAGACCAGGCAAAAUGCUGUUCUUGUUACGGAAAGGCUUGCAACCAGACCGGACCAGUUUGUGGAACUGACGGAAAGACAUACCCAUCACUGAAAUCAUUGAUUGUGCAACGGUGCAAGGAAGGAAACAAACUGGUUGGAUUGUCCAAUGAAGGGCCAUGUCCAGCCACAUGUGCUGAACUUGACUGUGAAUCCCAGAACAAAUACAUGAAAUGUAAAACGAGUCCUGAAACGGGAAAGGCCACCUGUCAGUGUCCGAAAUGUAGCGACGAGGAAUUGGAGACGGAGAAAAAAACUGUUUGUGCCUCGACCAAGGUAAAGUUUGAAUCGAUAUGUGCCUUCAAGGCAUUUUCAUGUCAGACGAAAAACACCGAGAUCACAAUCAUAGAAAACGCUACAGACUGUGGACCAGGAUCGGGAGCUGGUGAGCCGGUUGGCAAGUUUGGAUCGUGGAGCGAGUGUGACAAAUGCGGAGUUGGUCAGCAGAGUCGGGAGGGGGAGUACAUCAACAUCAAAGACAAGGAUGGAAAUCCGUACAAGAUUAUUGAAAGACGAAUCUGUUACAAGACCUGUGAAGAUAGUCCAUGCAAGGAAGGUGUUUGUCCGCCAGGCAAGGUGUGCGUGUUUGACAAGGAUAAUGUGACGUCGUGUAUCUGUCCUGAGUGCAAGGGUUGGGGUUCAGAACCCAUCUGUACACUUAGGGGACAGGUAAAGAUGACGUACGACAACGACUGUGAAAGAAUGCGUGAUGCCUGUCUUCUCAACGAAACCAUCAACACAGUCCAGAAUGUGGCUUGUGGACGUAAACCUCUGAACUGUACGAAGAUGUUCAACUGGGUUAGCAAGAGAGAGGCUGAUGGAUGCUAUUCUCAGUACCACGAUUUUGGCAAGUGCGAGGGCGGCUGUGGUCAGGACCCUGAAGACUGCUGUCAGGAAAUAAAAGUCGAAGAAGAUGUGGAGUAUUUCUGUGGUGCUGAACGUGGUAUCAUGCGAAAGAAAAACGUUGUUGUGGACUGCAAAUGUAUCAGUUUUGAGGAGUUACUUAAACAAAAGCAAGGUGUAACAACGCCAUCGCCAACCGAACCUUAAAAAUAUAAUCACAUGAUUUUGGGUGCAGCGGUUUGUGAUAAACACAAUCACAUGGUCUUGAGUACCGGUACAUCAGAAACACCUCUAUGUAGUUAGAUUUGUAAGCAUGGAAUAUUGUAGACCUCCAAAAAUAUGCAUAUUCACGGAGUUCACUCCCCUGUUUGGUCAUCAAAGUGUCAAUAACUGUAAAUCAUAAAAUAUUAGCGAUCUUAAAAUUUAGCAAAAUCCAAAUAAGUAACAUAUUUGCGACAUAAAACUUCAGUGAGGUCGUCACAUCAGAAACUAAAAAGGAAACGUUGUAGGAUCAGCUGAAAUAAAAAUGUUGAUCAAUUGCGACUUUACGCACCUUACAGACAGCUUAAAUUUAGUACCAGAUUGCAUUAAUGUGCAUUACUGUAACUACUGUUGUUUGCUAUAUUUUUGGUUUAAUCAAUAACAUGCAUCCAUUGUUGAGUGGACAAAACAAUUGCACAAAUGUUUUCUGGAACUGUCUGUUGCACGUUUCUUUAAAUUUAGUGUCAUGAAAUAUUAAUGUCUUGUUCUUUCGUGCUAAAAUUUUAUGCUCGCUAACAUUUCCCGAUUUACAGUAUAUAGUUGAAAAAAGAAAUUACUGUGCUUACUUCUAGAAUUACCUACUUAGUAAAUGGCAGGGAUCGAAAUGAGCAAUAGGUCUGGUAACUAGGGCCUCCACGAGUCCAAAAUACACAAAAUAUUGGACUCAAGUACUCAAGGGUCAAAGUCGACCCCGGAUCCGAGUACCCAACACUUAGAUGAUAAUGAGAAUAAUGAAUAAAGUGAAAUAGCAUUAUGCAUCUUAAUUCCAGUGCUGAACGUGGAUGCCAAAUCAUGCCAUUGUAUUGCAUUCCACACAUUCGACUGUUGUUUUCCCACUAUAUCUCAUAGCACUGUAAUGUAACCUGUGGCAAGCAUAUGGCAAAGUGACGUAAAACUUGUUUAAUAAUUUAAUGAGAAUGCUCUUCCUUACAUGGGUGCUCGAGUCCUGUGAAUUGUCUCGAGUCUUGCUAGGCUCUGCCCGUGCCCGAGUACUCUUGGAGCCACUACUGGUAACCCAUGUAUCAUAAAAUACAGACGGUUAUCACCUACCAGGUAUAUUUAUAAUUCCAUAAUGACUAUAAACUCCCUUGACAGGCUCACUGAUACUUUCUUAUUCAUUCAUACCACUGUUCUCACUGUACUGAUACUGAAUGUAUAUCGAAAUAACACUCGGUUGAUACAAAAUUUUAAGUGCUGUAGGUUUAGCUUAAUAAUAUUUUGUGGAGAAAGAAGUAUCCGGUCCUCAACUUUCUUCACCUGUACGUGGUAACCUCGUGGUAACCUGAACAACCAGUCCUGACUUAUUUCGAUCCCUGCUCGUUUAAACUAAAUAAAUUAGGACAUAACCAAAUGAAGUUUUUAGAUUUGCGGGUAUUAUUUGUCUUAGUUGGUGCCCACAGAUGUUAUAUUUAGCUGAAUUAAAAAUAUUUGCAAGCAAGCAUCAAAUUGUCAUACCUGCAAAUCUACAAACUCCAUAUCGUUAUGUCCAUUGAAAACUGAAAUGUUUUUCCAAUGAAUCAACUGAAUGCCUUGUAUUUUAAACAAAUUUUUUUAAAAAUACUUGGCUACAGUCAAUAAACUCUUGAACUUGGUCUGUCCCAGUUUCUAAUGAUGUCAGUAGCUUUGCGGGUGUUAUGGUCUAUUUUGAUGCUCACGCAACCUUGUAAUUAAUCAAUCACAUUGCAGCACAUACCAUCAGUUUACAAUAAUUUAUUAACAUUGAGAUGUGUUUACACAGUGAUAGCAAGUAAGGAUCUCAAAGUGCGAAUAAACUAGAUUCUGUCAUAGGCAUAAAAGGACUCAAUUUUAUAGCGGAGUAGGCUGUUUUUUAGCCGGAAUUAAGCAAAAUUGGAUUACAACUAAUAUUGUGAGAAGAAUGAUGGAAAUACAUGGUGAAAAACAUUUCAAGUGAUUUCCAUUUUUCCCAAACGUUGUCAUCAUUUUUGCCCACAUCCGAAUAUUUGCUCCAGCACUGGGUUGGGGAGUGACUGUUUAGGGGUGCUAGCCCUCUCACUCCCCAUCACUCCCCUGAGACUAGUUCAAGGAGAGUGAUUUUUAGCUUCCCUUAGCAUGUCAAUUUACCACUGGUGUAGGAACCUUUUCAGAUAUAUUGCUUUAUAAUAGUGUAAAAGUGUGUAAAUAUAAAAGUGUGGCCCCCCCUCCGACAUUUUGGCACCUUCCUACGCCACUAACAUGGUAUCUAUAUUGUAUAUGUUAAAUGGUUCCUGAUAAUCUAUAAGUCAGGUAGCGAAUUAAUCACUCACCUCAUUUAUUUUUGGACAAUGAGGUCUGGGUUCUGACAUUUUGUGUGGUGUCAGGAAAAAAAAAUCAAAGUUACUUUUGUUUAACUGUAACUUGUUUACAAGCACACAAAAAAUGUAUCAAAAUAUUCCAGUGAUAUGUAAUAUAAUAUAUACUUAAAUCCAAUUCCUUAUUAAUAUUAUUUAAAAGAUUGUACCUGUUUUAAUAGUUGUUUGUUAUUUGUCAGAAAAUGUGUUAUUAUUUAUGUCCAAUAAUAUAUAAUGUAACAUAAAAUAAAAUAAACUCCCAUAUCAUAUUAAUACAAUGUAAAAGAUUACAUCUUUUAAUACCUUGUUGUUUGUUAUUUAUUAGAAAAUGUAUUAUUAUUUAUAUAUCCAAUAAUAUAUAUGUAGCGUAAAAUGAACCUACUCUCAUGCCUGAAUUAUAGAUCUGAUUUAAAAGACUGUCUUUUAACAGUUGUUUGUUAUUUGUUAGAAAAUGUAUUGUUAUUAUUUACAUUGUUUAAGUUUUAUUUGUUUUGGAGCACAAAUAACUGAAUUAAAUUGUUUUAAAACAAUAUUUAUAUUACCUCAUUUCCACACUUUUAGAGUCUCAGGUGAACAACAACAACAACAAAAAAACCAAUGAUGAAAAGUAAAAUGUACAGCAGAAGUGGGUCUUCUAACUCCUAACACAGUAACCCAGUGUGUCCACGUCUCCUUUAUUUCAAAGAAUCUCCUAUAUUUCAUGAUUCUUCUUGAUCUCCUUUAUUUCCUCCAAAAAAAGGAGAUUGUCAGCAAUUUUAUUGGCUUAUUUCCUCACAAUUGAGUGUGUAAUUGUAUUCAAGUGACUUUUAUACUUUCAAAUUGAGCUCCUGCAAUAAAACUAUGGUUUAUAAGGGUGUAUUGUCUAUUUUCCCAUUCAUGUCUAUAUUAUAAGUGUAUAGCUCUCCAUUUAUGGUGUAUAAUAUUAAAUUUAAUACAAUAUCUUGUUGAAAUGUUGACUAGAUGCUGUCAGAAUGCACCUCAGGACACUUUCUUUUUUUUUCUCAAAAAUUUCACCAGACACAAAGGGUGACAUCCCUCCCUCCCCCCCCCCCCCUCUCGAACUUACCCCCCAUGGGCACGUUGCACUGCAAAUAAAGCCUACGACUUUAUCUCCUUUAUUUUCAUUUCAAGUCUGUGGACACUGUAACCCUAAAAGGGGCUGCUUAUGUGUACUGACAGGUCGGGUUAUUGGUGUUGCAAUAUAUGCUAGGUAUUUAUGCACACAACACAUCUUGGAUCUCCAGAAAUUUUUUAGUUCUCUGAAAAAUAAGAAAGAAAAAAACCCUGCAAAAUAAACCCACCUCACAUAUAUAUAAUCAUAUACGGGUUCCUUUAAUAAAUUACCGGUAAAGAAACAAUUCGGGAGUUGUAAUAUUUAUUUGAUGACUCAAUUUGGAAUCAAUUUAGGUACAGAAGUUUUAAAGCAGUCUUCAUUAAAAUGAAAGAGAAUAGGCAAACACGAAUGUCUAAAAGAAGAGGUGUUUCUUUAAUGAUAUAACAACAUCUUUUAUUACACAUCGUUUAUAUUUGUAAUAAUUAUAAUUCAUGUAGCAAAGGUUUUAUUCAAUUAAUGUAUGUGAAUCACCCUUUUGUACCAAAUUUAUACUGUCAAGACAAAGACAGGGAUUUUAUUAGUUUAAAAUUGCACUAAGUGACAUAAAAGUGCAAAGUUUUUCUGAUUUUAUUUGUGUGCAAUAUAAUGUGACAUUUUUUAAUUUAAAAUGUGUGCUUUCCUUAUCAAUAAAUUUAAACAAAAAAGGAAAUUUGUUUACCUGUCUUGGACAAAACUCUGGUAAAGUCAAAAGUUGUGUCCAUGUCAGGCGUUCUUUAACAGUUCUCUGAUGGAAGCACGCCCUAAUUUACUCACACCCAUAUAUUAGUCUGUACUGCAAAAGUUUGGGGAUUAGGGUUUCAAAUCGGAUAUAAAAACUUUUUUUUAUAGAAGCGCAGGUGCGCGUACCGGAAUGUUACCAGGGGAGUCAAUACUAUGGCAAAUGAAGAUUAUAGAGGUGGGUCUUACGACAUGUUCCCCAGGAAAAUGUAUUGGGGGGGGGGGGGGGGGGGGGGGGGGGGGGAAAUUUCUUGUGCGCGGGGUUCGACCACCGUAGCCCAUCUCUGUACAUGCGCUUGAGACGAAUUCGUAUUUUUCAUACAAAGAUGGGGUAUUUCGUUCUUGUUCUUAAUUAAGGUUUGUGAUCAUUGUUAUAACUGAAACUCUGUUUGUUUGUUUAUUAAUCAUCCAUGACAUUAUUUAUUAACAUUAACUGCCCUAUAAUUGGUCUUCAGCUUGGUGACGGGUAUAUAUUAUGAUUAAUAGGUUAUUAUGCAUUUGUUACAGUUCUCGAAAUCAAGGCUGCACCCAAAUAAAAUGUGGUUCAUGUUAAA